GUAAAAGAGAAAUUUAUUGAAUGCGAUUUAUUUGCUUUUAUUAUUGUAGUUUUCUAGAGUUCUGAAAAUAACUGAGUUGAAGAAAGAGAAAACUGACAGAGUCGUUGGUGGGAGUACUAAGUUGGAGGGGGACUGGUGGAGAGAGACAGACAAAGCACCGUUGGAGCUGUUUCUUCUCCUAUUUGCUUUCUUCUACUGUUGAAGAUGUUUUCUCCUGGUUGCUUCCUCUGCUCUCUUCUCCCAUGCCCUUUGAAUGGUUGUAAAUCUUUGGCUCAUCACUCUCUUGUACGUUUGAUGUCUCUUGUAAGUUCUUUCUAGCUUCUGGGUGCUUGAUGAAUUUUGGGUUGAUUCCUGGAAUCUCUCAAAACCUUUCCAUGUCUUGAUAUCUUAAUUUCGUUGUUGGAUUUACCCUCCACAUUCCUUUGGUUUUUCAAUUUGGUCCCCUAUUUGGAUGCCUUUGAAUCUGGGGUCUUGAAUCUUUUGUGGGGUUGACACCUGGGUUCUGUUGAAUUUCUGAGUCCACACUCUACAAUGGGUGAGGGCUGAAUCUGAAAUGAGGCCUUCAUUUAAGGGUCUUUCAAAGAUGCUAAAGCUAGCGUUUCUCUCUCUUUAAUUGCAUUAAAGGUUCUAAAGCAAAAGGUUCUUCCUAGUACAGCCGAAGUUUGGAGUCUCCAUCAAUUUAUGCUUUACUUUGGGGCUUUUAUUUCUAUGUAACAUUAAUCAAACCCUUUUUGGGUUUUGGUUUGAACUUGUACUGGGUCUUGCUUUUCUGGGUAUUUGUCAGAUUGAUUCUGGAGAGAAUUAUCAGCAUUGUUACUCAUGCAUCUUUCACUAUGGAAACCCAUAUCCCACUGCGCAGCCCUUAUCAUGUACAAGAAAAACAGGAAAGGAGAUGGUUCUGGUUUGACCGAGGACGGUGUGGCAAAACCCUCAAUUCUCCGGCAAUUGCAAGAAAACAAGCUCAGGGAGGCUCUCGAACAAGCAUCUGAAGAUGGGUCGCUGGCAAAAUCGCAAGACAUCGAUUCCGAGACACCGAAUCAAGAUGGAAACCUUGGGAGGUCAAGAUCUCUUGCUCGGCUCAACGCCCAGAAGGAGUUCUUGCGAGCCACUGCACUCGCGGCGGAGCGAACAUUUUGCUCCGAAGAAUCCAUUCCUGACCUCUAUGAGGCAUUCUCCAAGUUCCUCACAAUGUACCCAAAGUUCCAAUCAACUGAGAGAGUUGAUCAGUUGAGAUCAGAUGAAUAUGACCAUCUCUCUGAUUCCUCUGCCAAGGUAUGUCUUGAUUACUGUGGCUUUGGGUUGUUUUCUUUCUGUCAAACUCUUCAGUAUUGGGAAUCAUCAGCUUUUAGCUUAAAAGAAAUAACUGCAAAUUUGGGCAAUCAUGCGCUUCAUGGGGGUGCUGAUGAAGGUACUGCGGAGCAUGAUAUUAAAUCUAGGAUUAUGGAUUAUUUGAACAUUCCUGAAAAUGAGUAUGGUCUUGUAUUUACUGUUAGUAGAGGGUCAGCAUUCAAAUUGCUAGCUGAAUCGUACCCGUUUCAAUCGAAUAAGAGGUUGUUGACCAUGUUUGAUCAUGAGAGCCAGUCUGUGAGUUGGAUGGCUCAGUGUGCCAAAGAGAAAGGUGCAAAGGUUCAUAGUGCCUGGUUUAAAUGGCCAACCUUGAAACUCUGCUCUAGGGAGCUGAGAAAGCAACUGUCAAUCAAGAAAAGGAGGAAGAAAGAUUCUGCAGUUGGGCUUUUUGUGUUCCCUGUUCAGUCUAGAGUUUCAGGAGCUAAGUAUUCUUACCAGUGGAUGGCACUUGCACAGCAAAACAACUGGCAUGUAUUGCUUGAUGCUGGGUCAUUGGGUCCCAAGGACAUGGAUUCACUAGGCUUGUCCCUCUUCAGGCCAGAUUUUAUUAUUACAUCAUUUUACAAGGUAUUUGGCUAUGAUCCCAGUGGGUUUGGAUGCCUCUUGAUCAAGAAAUCUGUAAUGGGAACCCUGCAAAACCAGUGCGGGCGUACUGGCUCUGGAAUGGUGAGGAUUGUCCCUGAUUUUCCCCAAUACCUGAGUGAUUCCUUGGAUGGUUUGGAUGAGCUUGUAGGAAUGGAGGAUAAAGGAGUCAACGGUAAUGACGAAUUGAUACCUGAGAAACCUGGAGGACUGCAGUUGCCAGCAUUUUCUGGUGUGUACACUUCUUCGCAGGUCAGGGAAGUAUUUGAGACGGAUAUGGACCAAGAUAACAGCUCAGACAGGGAUGGCGCAAGCACCAUCUUUGAGGAAGCUGAUAGCUUUUCAGUUGGGGAAAUGAUGAAAAGUCCAAUUUUCAGCGAAGAUGAGUCGUCGGACAACUCAUACUGGAUUGAUUUGGGUCAGAGUCCGUAUGUAUCUGAUAACUAUGGUCAAUUGGGCACCCAGAAAUCAGGCUCACCAUUGCAGCCCUCAGGGUUUUCUGGCGGGAGAAGCAAUAGACGACAAUCACCAAAUCUAUCAUCCAAAAUUUGUAAGAGCCCAUUGUAUGAUGACCAAAGGGUAAACCUCAAACUGCCUGAAGAUCCUGUGUUAUCUUUUGAUGCAGCUGUAUUGUCAGUGUCACGGGAGCUGGGCCGUGUGAAAGGGAUACCUGAAGAACAGUUCUCAGAAACGGACCCAGCUCCGAAAAAUCAUGAAAGACAUACAGAUCUCCGAAGUUCCGAAGAGAUUCAAGAAGAAACUGAAAUUAAAGAAGAAUCGAUGCGGGCAGAUUCCAAGUUGGGUUCCACUACAAAUGGUUUCAGACAGUCGAACCAGGGUUCCAGCUUUCGGAAUGCUAAUCCUGAGGAUGCUUCAACAUCUGCAAUUGGCCAAGACAGAAAAGAAAGUGCCAUUAGGAGAGAGACUGAACGUGAGUUUAGACUCUUGGGAAGGAGAGAAGGGACUGGAUAUGGUGGUGGUAGAUUUUUUGGUUUGGAGGACAGCGAUCAAGUUGGAAGCAUGGGUCGUAGGGUAUCUUUUAGUUUGGAUGAAAACCAAAAAGGAAGUUCAGGACACUCCUUCGAACCUGGAGAAGUAUUUGUGUCUGGCCUUGGUGAUGAGGAGACUGGAGGUGACGGAGAGUAUGGUGAGGGGCAAGAGUGGGGUAGGAGGGAGCCUGAGAUCAUUUGCCGACAUCUUGACCAUGUUAACAUGUUGGGUCUUAACAGAACAACACUUAGAUUGAGGUAUCUGACCAAUUGGCUUGUUACCUCGUUACUCCAGCUUCGGUUCCCUGGUUCUGAUGAAGGUAUGGGAAUGCCUCUUGUGCAAAUAUAUGGUCCUAAGAUCAAAUAUGAAAGAGGUGCAACAGUAGCUUUUAACUUGAGAGAAAGUGGUAAAGGAGGGUUAAUACACCCUGAAGUUGUUCAGAAGUUGGCUGAGAAAAACGGUAUUUCUCUUGGCAUUGGUAUCCUUAGUCACAUACGGGUAGUAGACAGCCCAAAACAACAGCAUCACGGUGCACUAAGUGUGGAAAAUACAGCAUUAUGCAAGCCAAUGACCAACAGUCGCCAGGACAGUAAAAAUGUGUUCUUUCGAGUUGAGGUUGUUACAGCCUCGCUGGGGUUUCUUACCAACUUUGAAGAUGUUUACAAGUUGUGGGCAUUUCUGGCUAAGUUUCUGAACCCGUCAUUCACUGAAGAAGACAGAUUAUCCACAGUCCCAGAGGAUUUGGAAAAAACAUAAUUAGAGAUUUUGUAUGAACUGUUGCCAGCAUUUUAAUGAGGUCAGACCUUACUGCUACCUUCUGCUGUUCCUUCAACAAAAACCUGCUUGAGUAAUGCCCAAUUUGAUAUAUAUUAGGACUCAGAUUUUGUUGCAAAUGCUGAAGCAAGGUGAAGAUGGUGGAAAGGUAUGGUUUUGUUAGGUCUGUUCUUUUUACUCUUCUUUAGGGGAUUUUUUUUUUGCUUGCAUAAGAAUUUGCAAUUUGUUUAUUCUCGUGGCAGUUUUUUUUCAAUGUAUUCUUUAAAUCCUAUUCUUAGUUUGAUACAUAUUUUCGUUCCGAGAUGGAUAUCAGUAAAG